CGCUCGUAUCGCCAUGUCCUCCGGGCACGAAGGAGAAUCACGCAAGCGCCAGAGGUCUGAGGUCGACGAGGUCGACGCAGAGAUCAAGGGGGAUGGAACACACGAUGAAAAGCACUGGUACUCCGACGGAAACAUUGUCCUACGCGUCGAGGAUAGCCUGUUCCGCCUUCUGAAUGUGAACUCGGAGAUUUUCCGCGACAUGCUCUCCGUGCCCCAGCCCGUCGCGCAAGACGAUCUGGAAGGCUGUCCCGUCGUACGUCUCCCGGGGGACAGCGCGGAAGGGUGGCGAUCUCUGCUGGACGCACUCUACGAUCCCUCCCUCCUCUCGACUUUGCACACGCAAUCGCUCAGCGCGUCGCUCCCCGUCCUCAUAGGUAUCACUCGCCUGGCGACCAAAUACCGCUUCGUAGCGUUCCGCAGGGAGUGCCUCGUCGUCCUCGGCCGUCACUUCCCCUCAUUCUAUAGUUCUAUACUGCCCAUGCGCAAACGACCCGACCUCGCGCAAGCCUCUGCCGCCAUUAGCCUCGCCCGAGAGAUCGGCGCGCCGUCCUUGCUCCCGUUUGCCUAUCUCACUUGCGCCAGUGCCGUCACGAUGUCGCGGCCCUACGUUGUCUUCGACGACCCGUCACUCUCCUUCCAGGACAAAGCGACGAUCCUGCAGGGCCUGCACGCGCUAGCAAACCUACAGCGCCGCCACAUGUUCCCGUUCGCGUACGAGAUCCCCGAAUCGAUAGAGACUGGCUGCACCAUGCGUUGCGACACGACGGAAUGCUUUCGCCAGGUCGCCGAGCGGCCGGAGGUUCUGCACUACCUGGACGACUACGAAGACGUGCAUGAUGAGGGCUGGUGGAGUGCGCGGGAGAUGCUGUGCAGAGUUUGCCUCGAAGACAUACGCGAAACUUACGACGGGGGGAGAGAGGAUAUUUGGAGCGACUUACCACAGAUUUUCCGCAUAGGCGCGUCUUGGGCUGAUUUGCUACGCGAACAAGAUACUGCUUGAUGCACAUCACAAUCCUCUCUUCCCUUUCUAAUAGCUUCGGUGCAUGCAAUCUUCGCCCUCCUUGAAGUCCUCACAUGCAAGACUUCAAUGUACAGACUGAACAAGCAACGGGGAAGCGGCCUACGUACUGUCGAAUGAGUUCGUACACACUUGCUGGAAUAAAGUAGAGGUAGC